AUGAAGUUUGUCGCCACCGUUCUCACCUUGGCCGCUGUUGCUACUGCUGCUCCUGCUGAGCUCGUGGCCCGUACUGGAGGCGCCUGCAGCAUCAACGGCAACAAUGAUGGAAAAAUCACGUGCUGCAACGCGGGAAUCCCUAUCCUUGGCCAACUCCUCUGCAAUAUCGCGGUUUUAGGAAGUAAUUGCAAUGCUGGUCAGAGUACUUACUGCUGCAACAGCCAAUCCUCGGGUGGUCUCAUCAACGUGGACGUCAGUUGCAUCAAGCUCUAG